AAACACAAGGCGUUAGCGUAGAGAGUGCGGAUCUUUUGAUUUUCCUCUUACUUGGAAAGAAAUUAAAUUGAGAAUUAUGUUGUGCAUGGCACUCUUGGUAUGAUUUUACAUUUGACUUGAUAAACACUAAUGAAAUCCCAGCAUGAUAUGCUUAAUUAUUUUGCCUUGCAACAACUCAUGAGACUUCUUUUUUUCAGGAUGCCAUUUCUUCUUCUGUCCCUACAAAGAAUAUCACCAUUUAGAUGGCAUAUUUUCAUGAGUUCACUUCAACAUCCCCCACAUGUUUUGUCUCACUGUCUUCCCAGUUUAUACAUUUCUAUCCUUAUUAUGCAGCAAAUUUUUUUGACUCCAAUUUUCAAAACUCUAACGCAGGCCCACCAACCCCACCUCCCACGCCUUUGAUCAAGCUAAGAUUUAUCCAUUAAUUCAAACAACAAACUCUAUUAAUACUUCACAUACAAGACCAACUUCCUCUUCAAGCAGCAUUUCGGGUUCUUCUUAUUUCUCUUAAACUCAGCCUCAGAUCAUGAAAAUUGAAUCAAUUGAUGAUUCUUUCAAGAAACCAGGAGCUGUUCCGUUCAAGUGGGAGAUCCGACCCGGUGUUCCCAAGCUCCAUAACCCACAACCACCAUCGACAGGUAAUGACGAUCACCACUUUGAAUUCGAAUUCCGAAAGCCGCGCCAUCAGUGGAAGCGGCACUUGCAACAAAACCAGUCCGCUGUGCCCGUAAGCAUUCACAACAGCACAUUUCCAGAAACCCCACGAAGACUCAAGCCCCCACCAGCCGGGUUCUACUUCCACCCUCCCAUGGAGGCCCGAACCCGAUCUUUGCGGUCAUCCCCGCGUUCACAUUCCCAUCGUUUUGGCCUUCCGGGACUGGCCCGGUCCGAUGUUGUCUCCUCAGUCGGGUGCUUUCCUACGCCUUUGGCGAAGCGAAAGAAUGCAAAGAAGAGUGUCAACGCAGUAUCAAGAUCCGAACCCGAGUACUAUUCGGAUCUCGACACCCCAAUGUCAUCCCGGUGGUCCGUUUCAAGUCGGAAGUCAGUUUCUCCAUUGUCGUCUUCGUUUGCUUCCUACCAGUCUUCGCCCCGACCCGUGGUGGAUGCAGAUUGGGCAGCCUUCGGGUUAUUUUAGGAUCUAAAAUAAUAUAUAAUCGAAGUCGUUCAUAUUACAAUGACGCCACUGCUUAAUGUGGCUGGUUUGAAUAUCAGAAACUUCAACCAACCCACUUGAUGUUAUUUAGUUAAGUGGGUUUUUCAGCUGUUAAAAUACCAACAAUGAUGUUAUAAUAUGCUAUUUCUAAUUUAAUGAUCUUAUAAGUUUACUCAAAUUAGGGAAAUUGAUUAUGUGAAUCGGGUUAA